AUGAGGAUUGCUUGCCUUCAGUUCGCACCUCAGGUUAGCGAUAUCGACAACAAUCUCAACCGUGCAGAUGCGAUACUGAGUAAAGCGAAUUCUCAAGAACUAGAUCUGCUAGUACUACCUGAGUUGGCAUUCACUGGUGGGUCUGGAAAGGAGCGCCAUACCUGUUGCGAGCGUUACAAUUUCAAGUCGCUACAAAAUAUCAGUACCUACCUCGAACCCACCACUGCCGGUAUCACAUCGCUUUGGGCCAGGACGACUUCUUUGAAGUAUGGUUGCGUAGUCACUGCGGGAUACCCUGAAAAGGUCGACAUCGGUCCAAAAUGGCCAGCCUCCACCGAAUAUUAUAAUUCUGCGAUAACGGUGAGCGGCAUGGGCAUGAACCCGUAUAAGUUUGAGGCCCCCUGGAGCGCAUGGGAAUUCGCAUACCAUAUUCUCCACAAGUCGGCAAAUCUUGUCAUCAUAUCUACGACCUGGCUCACCCGAGAAGAUGCGAGGGCAUUCAGUCAACCUCUGAUUCGAGCAGAAAGCGAUGACGAGAUGAUAGCUGUACUCGCUAAUCGCUGUGGAACGGAAGAAGACGCAGUGUAUGCAGGUACAAGCUCAGUGCUCGGCAUUCAAAGUGGAGAAGUCAAGGUUUACGGCAUACUGGGACGGGGUGAGCGAGAACUGCUAGUCGUACACACUAGCCGCCCUCCGCAGGCAAAGCUCAUUUCGGAGCCCAGUCUCUCUAAAAGCUCUAAUUCCGCGAAAUCGGAGCCCCGAAGCUCCUUGCCCAACACUUUCCUAACCAAGCCAACAUCCGCAGCAUUCUCCAAAUCGCCAAAUUCCAAAUGCAUAAGGCCUGGUCAGCCUAUCGCUGAAAAUCUGGGGGUUUCGACCACAGCCACUGCUGCUACAAUCUCUACCUCCAUGCACCUCUCGAUAGACAUGGACAGCACGAUCGCGCCUCUCUGCCCAGUGGACGCUCGUGUUCCCAGCCCUUUCUUCGCCCGGUCCGGCAAUCCCAGCUGCGGAGAACCACGGCACGAAAAAUCCCUCAAAUCCAGCAUCGAAAAGCUCAAGCAAGUUGAACCCAUGAUUCCAGACUCCCUACACUCUUCCGCCCCUCGUCACCCAAAUCCCGUAACGCCAGCCAGGUUCGAAACCCCAACUACGUGGAGCCUGGGCCGACGUGGAGCCUGGGCUGAUUUGGCCGCAUAUGAUCAGCGCGAAUGCGAUACGACUGCUGCGAUUGCGGAAGUACAAUCUAAAGGGCUAUUCUUCUGGAGCUUCGCCUUCCGGGCUUCGGGUUCACCACCACGCUACUUACCAUCCACAACUACCCGCAAAGAUGCGAAUUGGUUGCUUGCAGUUUUCGCCUCAGGUAUGUUGUAUUCAUUCGCUAUGGUUGUCGAAGGCUUAAUGUCUUCGCAGGUUGGCGAUGUUGAUAACAACCUGAACCGCGCCGAUUGCGUUCUGAGCAGGGCAAACCCAAAAGAUCUAGAUCUGCUCGUGCUGCCUGAACUUGCAUUCACUGGAUAUAAUUUCAGGUCCUUGGCGCAUAUUUCGCCUUUCCUCGAGCCCACUACAGCUGGCAUCACUUCGCUCUGGGCACGGACUGCAGCUCUCAAAUACAAUUGCAUAAUAGCUGCUGGCUACCCCGAGAAAGUCGACGUCAGCAAGAGAUGGCCUACAAAUCCUGAGUAUUACAACUCUGUGAUUAUGGUCAAUCAAGAUGGCGAGACCAUCGCAAAUUAUCGAAAAUCGUUCCUGUAUUAUACGGAUGAAACCUGGGCUCUGGAAGGUAAAGGCUUCUACUCAGGAGCCAUCGAAGGCCUCGGCGAUGUUGCUAUGGGAAUAUGUAUGGAUUUGAAUCCUUACAAGUUUGAAGCACCGUGGAGUGCAUGGGAGUUCGCACAUCAUGUCCUUCAUGUUAAGGCAAAUCUUGUGAUACUUUCAAUGGCAUGGAACACUCGAGAAGAUGCGGGAAGCUUCAGUCGAGCGCCACUUGAGCCUGAUAUGGAAACUCUUGCAUACUGGCUCGGCCGUCUUGAACCUUUGAUUCGGGCCGAGGCCAAAGGAGAAAUAAUCGUCAUUUUCGCCAAUCGCUGCGGUACAGAGGACGAGGUCACCUACGCUGGAACAAGCGCGGUAAUUGGAAUCAACGAGGGCGAAGUGAAAGUCUACGGACUUCUAGGCCGCGGAGAGAAAGAGCUUCUUGUAGUCGAUACGAAUGAGCUACCGAAAGCCAAACUGGUCUCGGCACCGAAUUCUGCUGCCACUGAUGUCCUAGAAACCGCCCCUGAAUCAGGUGCUAAUGGAUACGAGCCAGCCGAUCUGCCUGACUGGUCCGAUUCGGACAGUUUUGAAGGUUCUUUGGAGGCGGAUGACUACCAUCAUGAUCCCCCGCCCAUCUCUGCCUCCGACUCUCGACGUUCUCCGCUUCACUUCAAUCCCAAAGCUACCGCCCCCAACGAUGAACUUGACGAGCCAGUGAGAUCAAACAGAGCCGAGUCUCAUGUCCACACUCCAUCAUGA